AUGCAGUUCCAUCCCUUUCUGGAGAAGAAUGAGUUCUACAAUCUUUCCCACUGGAAUCUUUACAUGGACCAUGAUGGAGAAAUAGCUGCAGAUAUGGACAUUGAGUUCUUGUCUCUGCCUCAGUCCCAAUGUGUGGAAAGUUGUCAUCCUGGAUUUGUCAAGAGGAAGCGAGAAGGAGAGCCUGCUUGCUGCUACGAUUGCAUUCCUUGUCCUGAGGGGACCAUCUCCGUUCAUGAAGCCACAGUCCUUGUUUUAAUCAUAUUCCUUCAACAUCAGGAAACUCCCAUUGUCAAAGCCAACAACCGAGACCUCUCUUACGUCCUCCUGGUCUCCCUCCUGCUUUGCUUCUUGUCUCCUUUUCUCUUCAUUGGUCAGCCAAGGACAGCCACCUGCCUUCUCCGACAAACCGUUUUCAGUAUCAUCUUCUCAGUUGCCGUUUCUUCUGUCUUGGCCAAAACCAUCACAGUGGUGCUGGCUUUCCUGGCCACAAAACCAGGAAACCGAGUGAAGAGAUGGUUGGGGAAGAGCUUGGCCAACUCCAUCAUCCUUUCUUGUUCUAGUGUCCAGAUUAUGAUCUGCUCCAUCUGGUUGGGAAUUUCUCCCCCAUUCCGUGACUCAGACUUUUACUCCCAGCCUGGAGAAAUCAUCCUUCAAUGCAACGAAGGCUCUGUUUUCAUGUUCUACAUCACCCUCAGCUACAUGGGCUUCCUGGCUGCCAUCUGCUUCACAGUGGCUUUCCUGGCCAGGAAUCUCCCUGGAGCCUUCAAUGAAGCCAAGCUGAUCACCUUCAGCAUGCUGGUCUUCUGCAAUUGCUACAUUAUCAUUCUGAGGCCAAACUUGAAUACAAAGGAGUAUCUUACAUCCAGAAGAAAUGUAUAA